AUGGAUCAACAGAAACUUCCAGUCGGCGCUGUAACAUCUGCCGAUGUGGCUCGAAUUCUUGACGACGCUAAAGUCCCCAGCCUUCUUAUGGGAGAUCAGGUAAUGGGCUUCUAUAAGGAACCUGCCGAUUUCGGAGACCUGAUAUUUGUGGUCGAGGAUGACCAAGUCGAAGAGGCGAAAGACGCCCUCGAUGCCGCGUUUCCCGCGGGAUCGAGGAGUACCGGUAUCCCUGGUUAUGAAAUACCGUACGGUCUAUGCACUGAGCCCGAAUGCAUCGAGCUAGAGGAAGACCGGACCAUCCACGAAGACUAUACGUUUAGAGGCACUCAGGCGCCCAAACAUCCCAAGUCAGAACACCACUUCCAUACAGAGCUGCAGAAUGUCGUUAUUCAUAUUAUGCGCAAGACCGAUCUUCUGUGGUGGCUGCCGCGAAUGACUCUCGAUAUGCCUGACAAGAACCACGCCUAUCUCACCGUUUCAACCAAUCGGUGCUUACCACAGCGAGGCGCGAACCAGGAUGACGAGGAGGGUGGUCCCUGUGGGCCGUGGCGCGGGCUGUAUCCGGUGCGGAUCCUGAAGCCGGGUCGCUUGAUAGAAGCUCUGUGUUGGCUUUGGAUGCGGGACUGCCGUGAAUUCGGUGACGGCAGUGUGUCGCGGUGGAUUAUGUGGAAUAGCAUGCUCGUGGGUAUGAGGGAGCAAUGGAAGAAGGCGCAGGGCGCCGGUGGAAAGAUUGCAAGCCUCUGGCAUACAGCAGCUGAUUUCGAGCGGGCUUUCAAAUGGCACGGAGGCGAGUUUCCCGAUUCCGUGAGGCGCCAUCGUGGUUGGGGCGGAAGCCCUUACCAAAUUGCUCUUUUGAAGCUCCGAGAUAAGUUGAUGGAAGAGGGCGGCUUUCCAAUUGAGCUGUGCGUUCAGAAGAAGCUCCCCGAAUUCGACCUCGCUGAUGACGAGAAGCAAAGGUUUCCGUGGCUUGUGUAA